AUGGGUGACCUUCCUAAGACUAAGACUGAUUUCUCUGUGGCAGAGGUCCAUUCAAACAUGCUACAACAAGUUAUUGGCAGCCGGGCAUCAAAAUCGUUACUCCAUAGCUACAAAAGGAGCUUUAAUGGCUUCGUUGCCAAGCUAACCGAAGAUGAAAAAAACCAAUUAGCUCAAAUGGAUGGAGUGGUAUCUGUGUUCCCAAGCCAAAACAAGAAACUUCACACGACCAGAUCAUGGGACUUCAUGGGCUUCCCUCAAGAUGUCAAAAGGGCACCUCUUGAAAGCGACGUCAUCGUAGGUAUGCUAGACACCGGUGCAUGGCCGGAGUCAGACAGUUUCAAGGACGACGGAUUUGGUGUUCCCCCAGCCAAAUGGAAGGGCUCAUGCGCUUCAAAAAAUUUCACCUGCAACAACAAACUCAUCGGAGCAAAAUACUACAACACCGACGGGAGUGCAUCUGGAGAUGAAGAGCUGUCAGCAAGAGACACCGAGGGCCAUGGCACACAUACUGCAUCCACUGUGGCAGGACGUGCAGUGAACAAUGCGAGCAUGUUAGGUCUAGGCAAAGGGACGGCUAGAGGCGGUGUUCCAUCAGCGCGUAUAGCUGUUUACAAGAUCUGUUGGACGGGUGGUUGUUCAGAUGCCGAUAUCUUGGCGGCUUUUGAUGAUGCGAUUGCUGAUGGAGUUGAUAUCAUUUCUCUUUCCGUUGGAGGCUCUUUCCCUUUACAAUAUUUUGAGGAUCCCAUCGCCAUUGGAGCUUUUCAUUCCAUGAAGAAUGGAAUUCUUACUUCCAAUUCCGCUGGAAACGACGGUCCGGGAGCUGGAUCAAUUACUAAUCUUUCACCAUGGUCGUUGUCUGUUGCCGCUAGCAGCAUUGAUCGGAAGUUCUUAACUCAGAUUGUGUUGGGUAACAAUGCAACUUUUGAGGGGCCAACUGUAAACACAUUCGAUGGUGCAAUUCAUCCAAUAGUUUAUGGAGGAUCAGUGCCGAAUACCAAAAAGGGAUUUACAUCAGACGAUUCUAGAUACUGCGAAGAAGAUUCCUUGGACCCAACUUUGGUGAAGGACAAGAUUGUGGUUUGUGAGGAUUUUGAUGGACCAGAGAAUGCGUUGUUAUCAGGUGCAAGCGGUGUGGUGAUUGAAGGUGAUUUCGGCUACGAAGAUCUAGCCUUCUCUUUCGUUUUACCAACCACAUAUUUGAGCGGCAAAGAUGGCAAUUCAGUUCUAAGUUACUUAAACUCCACCACGACACCAAGUGCAAGUAUCCUCAAGUCCUAUGAACCUGUGGACAAAGCAGCUCCAACUGUGGUUUCCUUCUCAUCAAGAGGCCCCAACCUAAUCACUCUAGACCUUCUCAAGCCGGAUUUAACCGCACCUGGGGUGAACAUUUUAGCCGCAUGGUCAAUGGGUACAACUGUGACCGGAGAAGAAGGUGACACCCGUGUUGUCCCUUACAGUAUCAUCUCCGGAACUUCCAUGUCUUGCCCUCACGCCUCUGGUGCUGCUGCUUAUGUUAAAUCCUUCCACCCCACUUGGUCUCCUGCUGCGAUAAAGUCGGCCCUUAUGACUACAGCUGCAACGAUGAGUCCAAUCAAAAACCUAGACGCUGAAUUUGCAUAUGGUUCUGGACAUAUCGACCCAUUAAAGGCCACCGACCCAGGUUUGGUGUAUGACGCCGGAGAAUCAGAUUUCGUUUCAUUUUUAUGUGGGCAGGGUUACAACGCCACAACUUUGAAAAUUGUCACCGGCGACGCUAGUGCUUGCUCGGCGGCCAGUAACGCAACCGUGUGGGACCUGAACUACCCUUCUUUCGCUCUCUCGGCUCCACAAUCAGGCAGCAUCGUCCGGACCUUUAACAGGACGGUUACUAACGUUGGUGCAGCAGAAUCGACGUACCAGGCUAGUAUGAUUGCACCAUCAGGGCUUUCGGUCAAGGUUGACCCGAUCAGUCUAUCGUUCAAAUCAGUGGGGGAGACGCAAUCUUUUGUGGUCACAGUUGGCGCCACAAUUGGGUCAAAGUCAUUUUCGGGUUCGUUGGUUUGGAGUGAUGGAGUUCACAAGGUUACGAGCCCCAUUGUUGCGUUUCUUUCCUCCUAA